AUGGAGGUUGUAACAUUUAAGGGGAACAAUAUCUCAGAAGACAAGAUUAAAACGCUGCAAGAUGAGCCGUUGUUGAAGUCAUCUGAGUUGCAGCAACUUUUGGAGAGAAUUCCAAGUUUGAUUUUGAAAUCAUUGAUUGUCUCUGCUUCCACCAUCCUCGUAGGCCACGAGUUCGAGAAAGGCACAAGGAGACCCACACCAUGGAGAAACCUGUGGAAAUGUAGGGACUGUGGGAAGGGAUUCAAGUACCCAUCGAAGCUGGAAACUCAUCAACGCAGUCACACCGGGGAGAGGCCAUUCAUCUGCUCUGAGUGUGGGAAGGGACUCAGUGAUUCUUCUGCCCUGCGGAGGCACCGGCAAGUUCAUUCUGGGGAGAGGCCUUUCACCUGCUCUGCAUGUGGGAAGGGAUUCACUCAGUUAUCCAAUCUGCAGACACACCAGCAACUUCACAACCAGGAGAGGCCGUUCACCUGCUCUGAGUGUGAGAAGGGAUUCAGUAAUUUAUCGAGCCUGCUGACACACCAGCGAGUUCACACUGGGGAGAGGCCGUUCACCUGCUCCAAGUGUGGGAUGGGAUUCAAGCAGUUAUCCCACCUGCUGCAACACCAUGUCACUCACACAAAUGAGAGACCGUUUAAAUGCUCAGACUGUGGAAGUGGCUUCAAAAGCUCUCGGGAACUAAUGGGCCACCAGCGCAUUCACAAUGAAGAGAGACCUUUCACCUGCUCUGAGUGUGGGAAGGGAUUCAGUGAUUCAUCCAGCCUGCUGAGACACCAGCGAGUUCACACCGGGGAGAGGCCAUUCACCUGCUCCAUGUGUGGGAUGGGAUUCAGUGAUUCAUCCACCUUACUGAGACACCAGCCAGUUCACACUGGGGAGAGGCCGUACAUCUGCUCUGAAUGUGGAAAGGGAUUCAAUCAGUUAUCCACUCUGCUGACACACCAGCGCAUUCACACUGGGAAGAGGCCGUUCACUUGUUCCGUGUGUGGGAAAGGAUUCACUCAGUCACAACACCUGCUGAGACACCAGCGAGUUCACACUGGGGAGAGGCCAUUCAUCUGCUCUGUGUGUGGGAAGGGAUUCGGUCAUUCAUCCAACCUGCUGAGACACCAGCGAGUUCACACUGGGGAGAGGCCGUUCACCUGCUGUGUGUAUGGGAAUGGGUUCAGUCAGUUAUCCAGCCUGCAGUCACACCGGCGAAUUCACACUGGGGAGAGGCCAUUUAUCUGUUCUGAAUGUGGGAAGGGAUUCACUAAUUCAUCCGACCUGCAUGAACACAAGCGAGUUCACACUGAGGAGAGGCCGUUCACCUGCUCUGAAUGUGGGAAGGGAUUUGUUGAUUCAUCCAACCUGCUGCGACACCAGCGAGUUCACACCGGGGAGAAACGGUUCACCUGCUCUGAGUGUGGGAAGGGAUUUAUUGAUUCAUCCACCCUGCUGACACACCAGCAAGUUCAUACCGGGGAGAGACCAUUCACCUGUCCCGAAUGUGGGAAGGCAUUCAGUAAUUCAUCCAACCUGCAUAAACACCAGCGAGUUCACACCGGGGAGAGACCGUUCACUUGCUCUGAGUGUGGGAAGGGAUUCAGUAAAUCAUCCGACCUGUAUAAACACCAGCAACUUCACACUGCCAGGAGGCCGUUCAGCUGCUCUGAGUGUGGGAAAGGAUUCACUCAGUCACCCCACCUGCUGAGACACCAGCGAGUUCACAAGUGA